CGCCCCCGCUGCCGCCGGGCGGGGCCGGAGCGGCACCGGAGCGGGGCCGGGGCCGGAGAGAACCGGAGCGGGGCCGGGGCCGGGGUCGGAGCCCCGGGACCGGAGCCCCGGGGCCGGGGUCGCUCCCCAGCCAUGUCCAAGCUGCUGCCGGCGCAGGAGGCGGCUCGGAUCUACCACACCAACUACGUGCGGAAUGCUCGGGCCAUGGGGGUGCUCUGGGCCCUCUUCACGCUCUGCUUCUCCAUCCUGAUGGUGGUGACUUUCAUCCAGCCCUACUGGAUCGGCGACAGCAUCGACACGCCGCAGGCCGGCUACUUCGGCCUCUUCUCCUACUGCAUCGGCAACGCGCUCACCGGGGAGCUCAUCUGCAAGGGCAGCCCCCUGGACUUCGGCACCAUCCCCUCCAGUGCCUUCAAAACUGCCAUGUUCUUCGUAGGCAUCUCCACCUUCCUCAUCAUCGGCACCAUCCUCUGCUUCAGCCUCUUCUUCUUCUGCAACGCAGCCACCGUCUACAAAGUCUGUGCCUGGAUGCAGCUGGCAGCGGCCACAGGGCUGAUGAUCGGCUGCCUGAUCUACCCCGACGGCUGGGACUCGAGCGAGGUGAGGAGAAUGUGCGGGGACAAAACGGACAAAUACACCCUGGGCGCCUGCACCGUGCGCUGGGCCUACAUCCUGUGCAUCAUCGGCAUCCUGGACGCCCUCAUCCUCUCCUUCCUGGCCUUCGUGCUGGGCAACCGGCAGGACAACCUCCUCCCCUCGGAUUUCAAGGUGGAGAAUAAAGAAGAGGGAAAUGACUGACAGAGCUGAUCACCACGGACAUCCAGAGCUCUUCUUCCAUCAGCCCUUUUCUUUGAAGUGACUCUUCUAGGAAGCUUAAACUUACCAAAUUCUGUGGAUUUUCUACAGCUGUUUUCUUCACCCAUGGGGCUGCUCUUGGCUCAGCUCUUGUGGAGCUCAUUUGGUGGGAAGAGCCCAAAAUGGACAUAAGAGUUUUUCUGAGUCCAUCAGCAAGAGGGACAAGAGGGCAAGGAUGGCAAUUUGCUGCUUUUUGGGGGGUUUGUACACCUUCUUUCAAGGAAAAUACUUAUGAAUUAAAAAAAAAAAAAAACAAAACCAAACAACACCAAAACAUCAGUGUUUGGGGUUUUGUGCUGGUCUCCUGAGGGCAGAGGAAACCCUCUGCCAUAUUCCAGGCUGCUCUUUUACUGGAAAAAUACCAUGACAGGCCAAUUCCCAGCUGAGCCAUGAAUCAGUUUCCUGCUGUGGGCAACAAUCACCAAACACAACCUCUGGAAAAGGGCACUUUCCUGGGGAAAAAAAAAAAGAAAACCAGCAAAAGCAGAAAGCAGCAUGCUGGGCUGGGACAGCAGCUGCAGAGCUCAGCAGAUGGUGCCAGUCAGCAUCAGCUCCCUGCACCACCCAAUUAAUCUGAUUAAGCCAUCAUUUCCCAUCCAUCCAACACCCACCCAUGGCAGCCCUUGGCACAGCUCAUUUCUGCAGAAAACCAAGCAGCAAUUACCUGGUCAGAGCCCCAAACCAGCCUGCAUUAUCAUUUUCAUCUCUGCUCGCUGUAAAUUGCUGGUUCCUGCACUCAAUUCAGUUCAGUUCUAACAAGGACCUUCCAGUGUUAUGCUUCCCUCUAAAAAAAUGUCUGGGAAGGUUUUAUUGAGACUCUUGGCUAGAUAAAACAGCAGGGAUAUGACGGACUUGAAGAAAAAUGUGUUUUAGAAUAGAAAAAUUCCAGCAGAGUUGUCCUAUUUUUUACUCUUCUCCCCUUGUAAAAGUGGAUCACAACACCAGCAACAAAAUCUUUACCUGUCUCAUUCUGGAAAUCAAAGCUGAGUGUUCACUAGUGAAGCAAAUUCCAUCCCUGAGCCCCUGACUCAGAACAGAAUUACAAGGGGAAUGUAUGAAGACUAGGGCUCAGUUAUUAAAUAAUCUGUUUAUUGCAGGGCUUUCACAAAGGAAAAAAAAAAAGAAAAGAAAAAAAAAGACAAAGCACCCAAGUAGAAAGAAUAAAAAUGUAUUUUCCUUCAGGUUUUAGACUGACACAGCAAGUACAAAUCCUUUAGUGUGAGCAUGUCACAGCAGUUUGGAAAUGAACAGACCCCAAGUGAACGAGCAGAGGUACAAAACUGAAUUGUGACAGCUGCUCCUGCAGGGCUUCAACUCACAAGCUGGCUCUAGCCUUGGCUGCCAGGGUGAAAAAACCCCCCUGCAGUCAGGGCUGGCAGAGGGAAGGGAAGGAAGGAUGGGCAGGGGCUCUCCACAGUCCAAGAGUGCAGACCCUGCACUGGGAAAUGUUCCUUCAUCAGGACUGGGUGAGCUUUCAAGACCACAGGAAUUGUUUGCCCUGCCAGUGUUAUCUUCACAGCCAGUUGGAACCCAGUACUGUCUGCAGUCCUCCUGUAACAGACACAGAAGGGACCCACAACUGGAAAAUGCCAGAUAAAAAAAAAAAGAAAAGAAAAGGUUAACUCAGAAUUAAAACAUUUUUUGGUAUGUUA